UAUUGUCCCCGCCCUCCAAAUCAUGUGAUUCAGGUGUUCCAAUCCCCUCCCAAUCAUGUGAUUUAGGUGUCCCAAUCCCCUCCAUAUCAUGUGAUUCAGGUGUUCCAAUCCCCUCCAUAUCAUGUGAUUCAGGUGUUCCAAUCCCCUCCAUAUCAUGUGAUUCAGGUGUUCCAAUCCCCUCCAUAUCAUGUGAUUCAGGUGUUCCAAUCCCCUCCAUAUCAUGUGAUUCAGGUGCUCCAAUCCCCUCCAUGGACACAGGUGUAUACAAUCAAGCCCCUAGGCAUGCAGACGGCUUCUACAAACAUUGGUGAAAGAAUGGGUCGCUCUCAGGAGCUCAGUGACUCCAAGCGUGGUCCCGUGAUAGGUGGCCACCUGGGCAAUAAGUCCAUCCGUGACAUUUCCUGGCUACUAAAUAUUCCACGCUCAACUGUUAGUGGGAUUAUAACAAAGUGGAAGCAACUGGGAACACCAGCAACUCAGCCACCAAGUGGUAGGCCACGUCACAUGACAGGGUGGGGUCAGAGCAUGCUGAAGCGCACAGUGCGCAGAAGUCACCAACUGUCUGCAGAGUCAAUAGCUAAAGACCUCCAAACUUGGUGUGGCCUUCAGAUGAGCCCAACAACAGUGCGUAGAGAGCUUCAUGGAAUGGGUUUCCAUGGCCGAGCAGCUGCAUCCAAG